AUGUGACGUGACGCUGUUCUCGCUGACAACUCGGGAGCGAGUGUAGGGCUAUAGAUGUCGAUAAUUUUACUACCAUGUAGCUCAUUAAAAGGGAUGUGUGUUUCAAAGUAGGAUUAAAAGAUACCUAGUAAUUAAACGAAGGAACUAUGGCAGAAAAGAAAUAUAACGGAGCUCCAUUUGGCACACAGACAGCGAGGUUUGAUGUAUCAGGAGUUCAUCCCAAAAGCAAAUACCCUGGCACUUUCACAGAGAUACCUUAUGACAAAAAAUCUAUAGAUGUAUUGAACCGACGACUAGGACCAGGAUCAUACAAGGUUGACAAUGGAGGGUUCAGCUCGAAGUCUGUAGAAGAACGAGCAUCAGGUCCAGGAUGGUCUCGUGCCUACGAGGUAGAGAGAAUGGCUGCCCUACCUCACCUUCUACAUAAAGAUCAAUGGGAACUGAAGAAGAUGCUGGCAAGGAAACUUGGUCCUGGUUCAUACGAUAUCAAAGAUUUCCUGCAGAAUGGUGAUGAAAAACCAAGGAGCUACCGGGGUAUCUGUCAGACCCUGUCAUAUCGUUUCAAGGAUCAGUCUGUGGACAACACCCCAGGGCCUGGAACAUAUGGAGAUGGUGGUGUGCCACAUGCAGCCAUUAUCCAGAAGGAAAAGAAAUCAGCCAGUACAAUUGGCAUGUUGGAUGCUGGGUCGUCCACGCCAAGAAACCUUCCCACUGUGGGCUCUGAGCUGGGACCUGGUACAUACAACUUUAAGAGUUUCGCAGAGGAGCGAGUAAACAAGGUUACAAGUCUACGUGGACCUUACGACUUGUUUUCUGGUGACAGAAACAAACCAAUCACAGUAGGACAUCUAGCAGCACCAAAACUAGCCAAUCUGGGACCAGGUCAAUAUGAUUUACAAUCUUUUGUGGAUGAUCUUAAGACAGUUCACAGGAAACGCCAGGGCAAGUUUGGUAAGGUGAAACAACCGCCUACUAAGGCUACAGAGAGGAUAUUCUGUCACACCCUACAACAGUGUCCAAAGGAAGAGUCAUUCCCUGGACCUGGGAGUUACGAGCCGGUAGAGCUGUCCAAACCUGGGUCAAAGAAUGCACCAGGAUUCUUAUCAACUGCACAGAGGAAUGACAAGAUGUCACAACGAUUCUUCACCAGGAACUUUAAUCCUGUUGGACCAGGCCGGUAUGACAUUCAGAAGUGGGAAGAGGCACAGCACAGGAACGGCAAUGACAGUGUGUUCAAGUCACGAACGGGCAAACUCAAUGCAGCCAUGGAAAAAUUCCUCAAGGAGCGAGUUCGGCCCAAGGAUGUGCGGUUAGAAGACAGAGUAUUUAUAGUAACACCUGAACCCCCAGCAGGUUACAUGUUACGAUCAAAAGAACAGAUGCAAUUUGCCGCACGGAAAGCAGCUACUGUGGUAUAAAUCACUCCAACAUAGACAUUCGGUGCACGCACGAGGCUACAUGUAGAGCUAGCCUUUCUUGUUCCUAGCAUUUUUUUAACGUCUACCUUAUCGCAUGCACUUUGUUGGAGUUUUGUGAACCAGGAGUAUUAUUGUUUUACUAGUUAUAGUAAAUGAACAGUUGUUGAGCGUCCAAAUGUAACUUAAUUUAGAAGUAAAAGUUGGCAUAAUAUCUGGAAGAAAUUGUCAAGACAUUCAAGUGAGUUGGCAUUAAAUUUAAUAAUUUUGUGAUUAUUUUUUUUGUCAAGUCUCAAUUGCAUGUGGGAUAUAUUUUUGAAUGCAGUGCAUACUAAUAUAUAUGAUUGUGUAUGAAGUAAUUGAUCAAGUAUAAAGGAUUAUAGGUAUGGUAACAAAAAUGAUUGAUGGAAGCAUCCGAUACAUUAAACUUUCAUUUGAUCUGCUUUCAAAUUGUA